UCUGGUGUUUUGAAAUAUCAAGUAAAACUGUUUCAUGCGCGUGACAUGACACCGUUUUACCCAAAGCAGAAAAUACAAUUCCCAGAUAACCGGGCGGCUACGAAGUCGCGUCUCCAUGACAGCCGUGCUAUUGUUGUAGUCGUCGGUGCUAGCGUUAGCAUCGUAAGAGUUUAAGCUUUAGGAAAGCCUGACAGGUUAAUAUUGAACCUCCCAUGACAAGCAGAAGGCGUAGGGAUACUGGGCUGACGGCGACUUUAGAGGUGCUGCGGCACCACCGUUACCUUAUGGCGGUUCUGUGUAAGCGUCCCCGCAACGCUAGUUAGCUCAUCUUUAAGCGUUAGCCUCCCCCCUCUCUCUGGCGUUAGCCGCAGCCCCGUCCAAUAUUCCAGAUCCAGGCUUUUACCUGCUGGGAACCUAGAGGGGGACCGGAGGAGAUGCUGGAGCUCCGUCGCUGUUCGCAGAGAGUCCAGGGAGAGGAGGCGAGGGUGAGAGACGCGGGCUCUAACCCCUGAAACGGAGAGAAAGGAGGAUGAUUUCACGGUACAACAGAAGACCAGUGUCACACAAACUUGAGAUCCGCGGUUUGUCUCGGAGCAGCCUCGAUCACCACCCUCUCCCCGAAGAAGCAGACGAUAACCAGACCCCUCCGCGCUACCUCCAUGACCUGCAGGAAGCUGCCUCCGCACACAACAGCUCACAGACGUCUGCCGCCUCAGACCCCUCCGACUGUCCGACCGUCAUCUCGGUAUCAUCCAGCCAGCCCUGGUCCGCCAUUCACAGCUCCACAGGGACCGGCGUCUCCACAGAAAGGAGCUCGGUUUUCUCCUGGGGCUACGAUGAAUUCGACAAGGCGGCGUCGCGGCAGGUGCAGCAGAUGUUUGAUGAGAUCGACACGGAGCUGUACGAAGGCCGGGGCAGCGGGGAAGGGAUACUCCAGGGGCUGCAGGACGAAUGCCAGCAGUGGACCACACGCUUCCCACACCUUCGGAUCCUGGGGACUCAGCUUUUGUGUCCCACGGAUGAGGGCUUCCAGUGGUACGCCACUCCAGGGACCGUCAGCCCCGCCAGCAGCUCGUCAGUGGGCAGAGAAACGGCUGUGGAGUGCCAAGGCAAAGAGAAGGGGGGUGCAGAGUUGAAUGUUCAGGGCAGGAAAGCUGCGCUGAUCGAAUCCUCGUCACCGGAGUCGGAUGGCCCUCCUAACAACAACAACUCCAGCAGCUAUGACCACCCGAGAGUGAUUGAAGUAGAGGGUGUGAUGGAGGAAUAUCUAGCGUUCGAUAGCAGGGACCUGAACGACGAGUGUUACGAGGAAAGUUCGGAGUCGGUCCGGAGGCAUCACUGCCUGCCGCCGGUCUCGCCGUACCGCUGUCGCCGGCAGGCUGUCCUGGACUUGCUGUUUGAUGACGUUUGGCGGGAGCUGGUCGGCUGGAUGAAGGAGUUGGUCCAACGUCACUGGGAGUGCUGCACCUCCAAUGAAGAAGCUAUUUCUGGGGACCUGAGCCCUGCGCAGUCAGACACUCCCUUUAUGCUGCUCUCCACGCUGCCCACCAUGCUUCCAAAACUCGGCCAGAGCCGGGUGCCACCGCUCCCUGCUGGAGCACAGCCCCAGGGGAUGCCGAUAAGUGUGGAGAGGUCUGCACUUGAGGCAAACACAAAGUCAAGGGGCUCAAAGCACAAGUCCAGAUGGAAAUCCAAAAAGCAGAAAAGGCCCGCCGCUGCUGGUAGGGCGCCCGCAGGGGCAGCGGCGGCGCAGCACAACCUGAACGACCUCAUCGUGAUUCACAGCAUCCCCCUGCAGCAGAGAAACUUGGCUGCGCUGGAAAGAAGCCAGGAGCCGGACGAGCGGCCGUCCCACAGGCCAGGCUCCAGCGCCGUCCCCUCCAGCAAGCCUCGUCCUCGCAGAGCCCUGGAGCAGAGCUCUUCCUCGCUGUCCCGCCCGCCCCAGUCAGCUCGCCGCCGAAACCCGCCUCCCCGAAACCUGCAGCCCCUUGUUCCCAACUCGGGGCAGUCCGGCACCGGAGGGUACCUGGACGAGGUUAUCCGCGGGACGCGUCUCAGAACCCCAGCCAGCGACCGAUUGACGUCUCCGCUGCUGGCCCUGAGCCGCAACACUCCCCUCCCCCCCAUCGGAACCGGAGACUCGGAGGCGCCUCACGCGGGGCUGCAGUCAAAGCUCGCACAGCGUCAGAAAGGCCCCUCCAGCCGUGCCCACAGCGCCGUACACGACGAAGCUCGCGGUUCCAUCCCAAGGGAUCGUCACUACAUGCUGGACAUCUUCUCUCGCCCCAACACAACCCACACCUACAGGUCAGACACCCCGUACCGGAGUUCCUUCACCGUGCUGGACAGCAUCGGGCAGGGCCGGCCAGGCAGAGCCUCCGUGGGCACAGACUCUCUGGGAAUCGGCGUGACCGGUAUCAGCCUUGGGAUCAGCAGCUCCUCUUUCAUGGACUCCUUUCCUCACCACCCGCUGGGGCACUCGCCCAUAAAAGACGAAGACGAGCCUGAGCCCCAGGCCCCCGUCGCAGCCGCUCCGAACCGACCCUACACCAGAGGAGGCGUCUCGUCCAGAUCCAGCAGGCCUGGCUUGUAGUUUGCCCGUUAUUCAUCUUUACCCUUAGUCUCGUUUUAAAAACUUUUUAAACAGUUUAGCUUGGAUUACAUUUUUAAGGUCUAUUUUUGUAUUUCAGAAAUCACCUUAUGGGCCUGCCAAACAUGAUGAGCUAGCAGUCUUUGUACAGUACGGCCUGUAUGAGAGAGACAACUUCUUUAUGUGAAAAUGCUGUAUAAUACAUCGUGCUCCGUGUUGCUGUAAGGGUAAAUGAAUGUGCAGGGAAACUUUAUCCCCUCAGUCUUAGGACAUAAAAAGCACCGUUUGUCCUCUGAUGUCGGGGAGCUUCGUACUGUAUCUUUUCAGGACUUGUUUGAACCAGAAACAGACUUCCUGCUGCGUACAGAAUCCAGCCGUCCCUCCGACAAACAGCUGUCCCAACAGCUGUCUGCAACCCAGGUGCUUCUGCUGGAAUUAUCCUACAAUGUAGGACUCUCAAGACGCAUAAUGCAGAAUAUUUGUAAAUAACAAAAAUGAAUUUCUUCAUGUACAAAAUGAUGUAUUUAAUAUAAUUUUCUGGCUCUUUAUUUUGAGCAAAGCCAACUGGUCGUACUUUGACGAGUAACAUCAGGGUUUAGUGGUUAAAUCGUACUUAUUUCUGACAAGGGGAAACUAAGCGACAACCUUUUUUUUUUUUUUUUCCUCUUGAUGCUAAUUCUAUUAAGUGUUUUAUAAAAUAAAUAAAGAGUACAAAUGAUUUAAACAAAUGCAUUUAUUAAUAGAACUUUUACAACAUAUUACAUGACAUUGGAUUUACACUUGUGUACAUUAGGAGCUAAAGUGACUCAAACAGUUUUACGUUCACUUAUCCUGACAACAUUUAAGCUUUUGUUUCAACUGGGGAAAAAACAAACCCACCAUAAAAAAUGUUUCUGUAA